AGUCUUGCACAGGUGUACCGCCUCCUCCCCUUCAGUCUUGCACAGGUGUACCGCCUCCUCCCCUUCAGUCUUGCACAGGUGUACCGCCUCCUCCCCUUCAGUCUUGCACAGGUGUACCGGCUCCUCCCCUUCAGUCUUGCACAGGUGUACCGGCUCCUCCCCUUCAGUCUUGCACAGGUGUACCGGCUCCUCCCAUUCAGUCUUGCACAGGUGUAUUGGCUCCUCCCCUUCAGUCUUGCACAGGUGUACCGGCUCCUCCCCUUCAGUCUUGCACAGGUGUACCGGCUCCUCCCCUUCAGUCUUGCACAGGUGUACAGGCUCCUCCCCUUCAGUCUUGCACAGGUGUACCGGCUCCUCUCCUUCAGUCUUGCACAGGUGUACCGGCUCCUCUCCUUCAGUCUUGCACAGACGUACCGGCUCCUCCCCUUCAGUCUUGCACAGGUGUAUUGGCUCCUCCCCUUCAGUCUUGCACAGGUGUACCGGUUCCUCCCCUUCAGUCUUGCACAGGUGUACCGGCUCCUCCCCUUCAGUCUUGCACAGGUGUACCGGCUCCUCCCCUUCAGUCUU